AACAUCUAAAUACAUUUCAUAUUGAAAAUAAUGUUUUGAUAUGUGAAUAUUGCAAUAAACCUGUCGAAUGGAAAUCAAAAUCAACGGUUGACAAUCAUUGUAAUAGCAAAAAACAUAAGUCAAAUAAAAGUAAUUUUGAAGCUCAAGAACGUACUAAAAAACAAAUAUCCAUUCGAGAUA